AUGGUUGGCCCUGGCCUGCGACCACAACACGUAUUAGUAUCGGAAACAUUGUCAACUGCAGUGAUGAGAGUGACGUACCUGGGGUUAUUGCGCGAAGCUCCUUGCGCCUCAGCGGGAACAUCGACAUUCCCCCUUCUUGAGCUCGACAUCUCGUGGUUGAGUUAUAAUAAAUCUAGACAAUUGGACGCUGGUGUCCUGCCAGAUCUCAAUAAAUUACCAGGAGGUCCCCAGGGAGCUCCGGACGAGCCUCCUUCGAAAAAACCAUGUCUCAACACUCAACCAUCAACUACUGCUGUCCAGGACAUUGCGCUGACGCCUGGAGAUGAUGGCAGUGAUUUUUACAACACUCCUGUGACAGCUGGGACUCCUAUUCAUCCGAAUACAUCUGGUGCUGUUGCGUCUACUGACCACAGUGAACCCGCGACCCCUCCGAAGUCUGCGACUGUCAUCCCUGGGCUAUCACUUUUCAAUAACAGUAUUCAAGCUCCUGAACCCGUCGAUGGCGGCCCCAGUGCUCCAGACGGAACCAAAAAUGAAGCAAUUUCUGCAAAUGAUGAACACAUGACGGGAACUGAGCCACAUCCUCAUGGUGAAACCGACGAAAUCAACCAAGGCGCUGAAACGAUCAAAACCAAGGAACAAGGUGACGCAUUAGAAUCCGGAGAUGCCAUGAUGGCGGAUGAAGCUGUUUCUACAAAUGGAAAUAAAGUGGAUGCUGAGAAUGCUGCUCCGAAUGGAGACGAUUCUCGAAAUGAUCAGGGUACGGACCAAGAAGAAGACAGUUCUUCCGAGGAUUCAUCCGAGGAUUCAUCCGAAGACGACGAAGAAGAGGACGAGGAGGAACAUCCAGAAUGGGAGACCGACUCGUCACCUAUUCAAUCGUCUUCGGACGAUAGCGAUGAGGAUGAUGGGGACUAUCCAAUCCUUUCCGCCGAAGAAACCGCUCGAAUCCUGAUGCAGGCGGAGGCCGGCUCAGAUGACGAGGAUGGGAAGAUGGAUCCAAAAGGGGCUCAUGUUAGGACUGCGAAUGAGCUACCAGAGGAGGCUCUUCCCAUACCCGAUAUAACUGUUACCCCUGAUAUGAAGAUCGUCCUGCUUGGCCAUGUGGAGACGAUCGUCGAGAAUGUGGUCCUCAUCAAAGCCGUCACCUCUGGGGAGUACCAAGUGCUUGAAGCAAAUUCUGUCCUGUGUUUGGAGGACCGGACGGUCAUCGGUGUCGUAGCAGACACGCUGGGCAGGGUGGAGGAACCGCUCUAUAUCAUCCGGUUUCAAGACCCUGCCAAGAUCUCCGAGUUUGGUUUGUCGCAUGGUAAACCGAUCUAUUACGUGGAGAGCCACUCCACUUUCGUGUUUACACAACCCCUAAAGGGUAUGAAGGGCAGUGAUGCGUCUAACUUCCAUGACGAAGAGGUUGGCGAAGAUGAGAUCGAGUUCUCGGAUGACGAAGCCGAGGCGGAACAUAAGCGGAAACUAAAGCAGAAGCGCAAAGAAAAGAAGGAUACUGCUAAGGGCGAGCCUGGUGGCUUUGGAAGGCCCAAGAAAGAACCUCCUGGUCCUUCAAAGCUCAGUCAGACUGAACUUAACUAUGACGAUGAAGCUGGAGCAGGAGAGGAUGGGUACACUCCAUUGGCGCGACCCAAAAAUUACCACGAGGUGGUGGGCAAUCAGGAGGCGCCGGUCGAAGGAGCACCGCAUUCUAAUCGAGGGUCCCGGGGUGGUAGAGGUCGAGGCUUCGAUCGAGGGUCUGGACGGGGUCGAGGAGGAGGAGGAGGUCGUGAUAAUAGAGGAGGCUCUUGGGGUUCGGAUCACCAUCGCAACCAUCAUUCGCAAGACAGCAAUCGUCAAUCGAACCAUCCACCAGGUCGCGAAGGAAGUGGCCAAGGAUCGCCGGUGAAUCAGCAACAACCCCCGGCUCAACCUUCUCAGCCUGCUGCUCCCUAUCAAGGACAACAGCCAUUUGCUUUCAAUGCCCCCAAUGUUCCAACGCAGCAAUUUUCUCCGUACGCCUUCUAUCCACAGCAGCAACAGCAGCAGCAGCCUCAGCCAUCCCCGCCUGGCGCGCACAUUAAUCCGGCGUUCUUAGCUGCCCUGCAGCAGCAACAGCAGCAGCAGCAACAACAACAGCAACAGCAACAGAACCAAGCUGCCCCUGCUGCUGCCCCUGCCGCCACCCAAGGACAGAAUCCUCCAACAUCGAACGUGUUCGACCAAGUGAAAGCGCAACUCGAUAUCCUGCGACAGCUGAGUGGUGGUGCUGGUGCUCCUGCUGGUGCUCCACCACCACAGCAACGAGGUGGCUCCGGGCAAUAA